CUUCCGUUCCCAUGAUGCAGUGGAACGGAUCUACGCAGAAUGUGGCGCGCCGUCGGCGACGGCAGCGGUGCCGGUGGCACCGGGUGAGCGGGGAGCGGCGGCUGCGGGGUCCCGGCUGCGCCGGGUACCAGGUGUGGGGCAUGUCGGAGAGCGGCGGCGCCGGCGGAGCUGCCUCAGGCGGGGGAGGCGGCGUCACUGGAGCCGGGGGCGCGGCGGGGGCCGGGGGCGCGGCUGCUGGGGCGGGGCCUGGCGCCACCGACCCGGCCUCGCUGCCCCCCGGGGACGCGCAGCUCAUCGCGCUCAUCGUGGAGCAACUCAAGAGCCGCGGCCUCUUCGACGGCUUCCGCCGGGACUGCCUGGCCGACGUGGACACCAAGCCAGCCUACCAAAAUCUGAGGCAGAAAGUGGACAACUUUGUAUCUACCCAUCUGGACAAACAGGAGUGGAACCCAACAAUGAACAAAAACCAGUUACGAAAUGGUCUGAGACAGAGUGUGAUUCAGUCAGGGAUGCUGGAAGCUGGAGUGGACAGAAUUAUUUCUCAGGUGGUGGAUCCAAAACUAAACCACAUCUUCAGGCCACAGAUAGAGAAAGCGAUUCAUGAGUUCCUGGCUGCGCAAAAGAAAGAGGAAACUGUGCCAGCUCUUCCACCAGAGCCUGAGAAUCAGGAUCCUCCUGCUCCAUCCCAAGAUGCCUCGUAAGUGUGUUCCUGGUACUAAAAACAGCUGCAGUUGCUAAAUACAAGUUUGGUUAGAUUGGCAAUGGACUAUUUAUUCCAUUUGACACGAGACUACAGUCUGCUAAUGAAGAUUGAUCAUGAUACCAGAACUGAGGAAAGCAUUAGUAGAAUUCACAUGCACCCAGAGUGCCUAAUGUGGAUAGGCUCAACAUGAAGCUUGUUUUGCUAUUGAUAGAAAUCCAGAAAGAAGCACAUGUCCUUGCUGAUCAUGCAUUGGGGUGGAGGGUAUCAAAUAUCUCUUGCAUGGAGGAGCUAAGAAAAGGGUUUGGAUGUGAUACUAAUAUGACUUGUUAAGGUAGGAGAAGAAAAGUAUGUAAGAUGUAUAUGGGCCUCUGAACUUAAUUUUUGUAUAGUUCCUGGAAGGCAGCUAUCAUGAGAUUUAGUUUAAAAAGUUUGAUUUGGAUCAGAGGAGAGACAGUCAGUAAGUUUUAUAACUUCAUGCUUGUUUACUGUAUGAAGAAUUAUUGAGCAUUGGAUGCCAAAUCGAAUUUGUCACUAUAUCAGUGCCUGUCUUGAAAAGAGGAUGUUCCUGAUUUAAAACAACUGGAAAGAACUCUUCAGUGUCAGUUAUCCAGGAGUACUUAGAGACCAACUUCUAGCAGAUUUCUGGAAACUAGUGUUUAAAUUUAGCUAGCUGAAUAAUAUCCGAUUUAAUCAUAGCUCUUAUUUCCCAGGGAGACUUUAGAAGCAGGGGCUGUGAGUGGGUGAAAAAUCUGACACUUUUGUGUUUUAACUUGAAAAAGUUCUCACCCACAAUAUUGUUCAGGUGACUGUUAGUAGAUGCCCGGUUUUCAUGCUUAAAAGGGCAGAAAAUCUCUGGGAAGGCCGUCAAGUAUGGAAUGUGAUUAAGUAUUCUGCUAGCACAUGUCUUGAUCUUUUAUAAUAAAAAGUUGAAAGCCUA